AUGCCAGAUGCCACGUCGCUUGCCGUUGGCAAUGUGGCAACCAAACCACGGACGAUGACCUCUCGUAACGACGGACAACGACCUCUUAUACCGACGGACAACGACCUCUCAUACCAACGGACGAUGACAUCUCAUCGUCCGUCGUUUCUGUUUGUAUCAUCAGAAUCAACUGCAAAAUUCGUCGGUCACCAGUGUCCUAUGUCUCCAAUUCAGCACAAGAUCUACAGCAAGAGUUAUACUCCACUGUCACAUUCAAUCCCCCUUCCUCACUCAUCGUCUUACGCAACAUGCUCCGCCCUUGGAAUCACACCAUCGCCUGUUAUCGACGUCAAGCCAUUCACAUACAUAACAUUCCCCCUUUCCAACAACGCCGCUGCCCCUUCAAACAACGAUGCUCCUUUCCAUUUAGGGCUUCGAGAUGACAGAGCAUUUGGUGAGGGCCACUUCUACUUGAAAUCUGCUAUGGACUCUGACACCUCCAGUUCAGCUCACGUGGUUAACUGCUUUGAUGUCCCGAAAGUCUUGAAAGCAUCCCACCUGGUCACCCUACAUUCAACAACAACGAUUGCAUCAUCAAAGGGGGAGUACAAAAACCUCGCUUCCAUUCUUUGUGCAUAUCGAACACUUGAGGUCUUGGCUCUUGAUGGUGAAACCGGUGUUCCUCAGCCUCCCAUUCGCCUGCUUCCUCCCUUGUCUUUCAACAAGUCUGAGGGGGAUAGUGUAAAGAUUCAUCCCAAAGUUCUGCUGAACUUCCGGAAACUUAUGGGUCAGUCGGCACUACCUCAAAUUCCUGACAACCUCCAUACAGGAAGCAAACACCUUGCACUCUUAUGGAUGGCAAACAAGAACAAUGAAAAAAUGACAUAUGUUAAUGUGGUUGACAAUUUUCUCCAAGCCACUCUGCAUCUUUAUUACCUCAAGAUGACUGAAUUCCCAGAUGGGUCUCUGCCUGACUAUCCUGAUAUUUUAGCUGGCCGUCUCCAUAUUUUCAAAGAUGAGAACUCUACAGAUGAGUUUAUCAAUGAUCAAGAGGAGGGGAAGUACUAUCUGGAACAGUUACAGGCUGGAGAGACAGCUUCAUACAGCCUCCACGAACUUGGGACACCUCUACAAUUAGCACUGCUCCUGACUCCUUUCUAUUUGCUCUUUCCAUCCCGGAUAAUCACCAGGUCCUAUAAUCGUUGUCUCGUUCUUGAAGCCUUUGUAGAGUUAACUCCUUGGAAGACACCCCUUGUGCUUCAAAUUGAGAGAUCCAUCUGGAGCUCUCUUAUAGCCCUUGCUGAUGUGACUACCACGCCUCAUGAAGCUUUAACUCAACUGGUGUUGAGAUUGCCAUGGGCCGAGAUAGAGGCAGCAUCCAACAACCCCUGUGAUUGUCGCAUGUUUUGUGCCCCUUUAGACCAGCCCUCUUCUUCUUCACCACCCUUACAGCCUAGUUUGGCUGCUGGAAGGCAAUUGGCUAUAGAAGGUGCCUCCAACACCCUUACUCUGGAUACGCAAGUUAGUGGGCCCAUGCCAGAUGCCUCUGUCAUCCCCAAUCCUCAAGUCUCAACAUCAAUGAGGGAUGAUGCAUCUCUCAUCAAUGAAGAGCAGCCUGAAGCUCACUCUAUGCCUUCUCCGAAGGACCAUGAUGAUGGUGGUUCCCCGAUGCUGCCUAUGUCAUCACCCAUCUCUGAACGUCCUGAUUCACCCUCUAUGCCUGCCCACACAAUGGACCAAGACAGUGGCACCCUAACACCCCCCAUGCAAUUACCCACCUCCGACCAUCCUGAAUCGCCUCCCCCAAUGGACGAUGGUGGUUCCCCAAUGCCAGAAAGCCUAGAAACUUCAUUGGCCUUGGCUCUCAACUCAGUUUUUCAAUCCUGUCCCACAUUAUCCCCUCACCUUGGGACUGUUGAUCCCUCUCAUAUCUCCCUCCCGCUCAAUGUGUUGGAAAAAAAUCUUCCAGGCCAAGACGAUAUUGAGAUGGGUGCCCUUAGUGAUUUAUCAUCAUCUGAAGAUGAAGAUUCUGCUAGGCCUGCAAAAAAAACAAAUCCUGAGGCACAAUCUUCUGACAAUGAUGAUACUGAUGAUGAAGAAUCUUCGUCAUCAUCAUCAGAUGAGUCUACAGACAGUGAUCUCAAGAAGCCCAUUGGGAAGACCUCAAGGGGUGAUCCUGGAAACUUGAAGAAACCCAGGGUUGGCUCAUCAACGGUAGAUGCUAAGGGACCCAAAACAGAGGCUUCCCAAGUGACUGGUAGGGAGGAUAAUCCUAGGAAACGCUCUCGAUUCAGCUCUGUUGGGGAUUCUCCGGCUUUACAGGGCAAGGAUGAAGAGAUUUCUCUUAGUAGAGAAGAAGCUCCUCGCAUUGUCUGUGACCGGUCAUUCACAGUUUACGAUAUUGAUGGCAAUCCUCAUGAAUUCACACCCGAAUUUCAUCAUGGUGUCUUCAAUGACCAGUUCCAAGAGUUUAUGCAACUUGUUUAUGAUGGUUACAUUGAGGGUCGUCCUCCUCACAUCAUGGAUCCGCAAAACUCUUCUCUGGCAAAAUUGCAUCAUCAAGACUUUUUGACCAUCAAUGUUCUUUGGGUAGGAGAGGCUUCAUCAUCUUCCCCUUGA